UACUUGCACUUCACGAAUAUUGAACGUAGAUUGACUAAAGGGACUUUUAUUUUGCCUCUUGGAGCCUUUCGUGCAGUGACGUCAUAAGAGUUGCGCUGCAGCCUGCAGCUCGUUUGUCGGUUGAAAGAAGAUUGUGAAAGAAGAGGUGUUUGUGUGAGGUCUGUUCCUGUAGAUGCUGAAGUCACUAUCACACCAGUUCAUCUAUAAAUACUGUGAAGAAGUCAAACAAGCAGCUGCUGUCACAACACAUUCAACUACUCUACUAUUCUGAUCCACUGUUGUAAUGAUGGAGUGUGUUAAAGAGGAGACUGAUCCUGAAUCAUUCACAAUAACACCUGAAGAACAAAGAGGUCUAAUGGGAGUGAAAGAGGAAGGUCACCAACAAAAUGAAAUGGAAGAUGAAGAUCAGCAUCACAAUUUCAAAAGUGAAGAAAAUUCUUUCAGUUGCUCACAGACUGAUGAUGAUUCACCUGAAGAAAGAGCAGAAGACAAAAUCUCUUUUAAAUGCCAUCUUAAUGGUGAGACUUUUUCACAGAAAGAAUAUUUAAAUGUUCACAUAAAGACUCACGCUGGAGUAAGGCUAUACGCUUGUCCUCAGUGUGAAAAGACUUACAAACGUAAAAACCACCUUAACGAACAUUUAGUGAUUCACACUGGUAAGUGGCCUUUCACCUGCCCUCAUUGUGAUAAGGGUUUUUUACGAAGAAGACAUCUUGAUGAUCACAUAAAUACUCACACUGGAGAAAGGCCGUACACCUGUCCUCGGUGUGAUAAGACUUUCACAUGUAAACAACACUUUAAGGAUCAUAUAAUAACUCAUUCAAAUGAGAGAUCCUUUGCAUGCCCACAGUGUGAUAAGUGUUUUAAUCAACUAGAAAAUCUUAAUGUUCACAUAAAGAUUCACGCUGGAGUAAUGCCAUACGCCUGCCCUCAUUGUGAAAAGACUUACAGAUAUAAAUGCAAGCUUCAGGAUCAUUUAGUGAGUCACACUGGUGAGAGGCUUUUCACCUGCCCUCAGUGUGAUAAGGGUUUUUUACGAAAAAGACAUCUUCAUGAUCACAUAAAGACUCACACCGGAGAAAAGUCACACGCCUGUCCUCAAUGUGAAAAUACUUACAGAUAUAAAAGAGAUCUUUGGAAACAUUUAGUUACUCACACUGGUGAGUGGCCCUUCACCUGCCCUCAGUGUGAUAAGGGUUUUUUACAUAAAAGACAUCUUGAUGAUCACAUAAAGACUCACACUGGAGAAAAGUCACACGCCUGUCCUUAUUGUGAAAAUACUUACACAUGUAAGCAGCAUCUUAAGGAUCAUAUAGUAACUCAUAGAAAUGAGAGACCAUUUGCAUGCUCUCAGUGUGAUAAGUGUUUUAAACAACUAGGAACUCUAAAUGUUCACAUGAAGUCUCACACUGAAGAAAGGCCAUACGCCUGUCCUCAAUGUGAAAAGACUUACAGACUUAAAUGUCACCUUAAGGAACAUUUAGUUAUUCACACUGGUGAGUGGCCCUUCACCUGCUCUCAGUGUGAUAAGGGUUUUUCCCGAAAAAAAAAUCUUGAUAAUCACAUAAAGUCUCACACAGGAGAAAGAGUUUUAUUGAGUCUUUGACUGUAUACUUACACAGCUGCAGACUCACAGAGAAAAGCGCAGUGAACAAAGAUCAACUUCAGUCUUCAAGUUCAAGCACAUGAUGUGAAAUAAAGAUAAACCUCACGAUUGAAUUACUCCAAAAUGUAUGAAUUUUAAUGCAUUACAUGAAGUGGUCAAAUUUAUUCCUGUAGCUCAUUUUGUAGAGCAUUGUGUUAACAGUUCAACAGAUCAUGUGCUCAAAUCCCAGGAACACUCAUAAUGAUGAAAUGUAUUAUCUGUAAUGUAUUGUAACUUGCUUUUGAUAAAUGUGCCAAAUGCAUUAAAAUGUAAAUAUUG